GCUUCCAUGGUGGAGCCGAUGCACAGCGCCCGCCAAGAAGAUGCUGAGGAUGGAGUCCAGUUCGUCUUUGCAGAGCUCUUUGCUGGCUUAGACAACUCGGACCAGUUCGUGCCGCAUGGUUCCCAGGAGCAAUGGUGCGAAUCGUUCGCCAGCUCCUCACCACCGGUUGCACAGGAGCAAUGGUGCGACUCGCUCGCCAGCUCCUCGCUACCGGUCGUUCAGGACCCGGCCCUGGCGCUCACGUGCACCCUGACAUCCACCCGCAGUCGAGUGGCAUCCACUGAGGUGCCGUCACCGCGGGUAUACUCGGCCUACGAGACAAGUCCA